AUGGAGCAACUUAGUGCAGCAACCAAGAAAUUCUACACAGGAUAUAAAAAUGACACACCAGUUUCACUCAAAAUGAUUGACGUUUACCUGGUUUAUAUUCUCUUGACUGGCAUAUUCCAAUUUGUGUACAUGGCUAUUGUUGGCACAUUUCCCUACAAUGCUUUCCUUGGUGGUUUCAUCUCGACUGUUGGCAGCUUUGUUCUUGCUGCUAAUUUGCGUAUCCAAACAAACUCUGAAAACAAGGAGUCCUUCAAGACAAUCUCUCCCGAAAGGGCGUUUGCGGAUUUUGUAGUAUGUUCUCUUAUUCUUCAUGGAGUCUGUAUCAACUUUUUGGGUUAA